AUGGGACGCGCCGAGGCCGGCACGCCGAAAGCUAUCGGCAAUGCGAUGAAAGCACGCGGACUUACGCGGCUGCGCUGGUACUGCCAAGUGUGCCAGAAAGCAUGCCGCGAUGCAAAUGGAUACAAAAUGCAUAUUUCGUCAGAGGCGCAUGCGCGGCAGCUUGCUGCAGCCACCGGCGAGGGCGGCCAGCGCGCAGGCAAGGUUGUCCAUGACUACAGCUCGCAGUUCCAGCGCGAGUUUGUGAUUCUACUAAGCAGGCGCUUUGGCACGCGCCGCGUGCUCGCGAAUCAAGUAUACCAAGAAUAUAUCCAGGACCGCCACCAUGUGCACAUGAACGCGACGCGGUGGGUGUCUCUAUCCGAGUUUGUCAAGUACCUCGGCCGCGCCGGAAUUGCGCGCGUAGAGGAGAGCGAGCUCGGCUGGUUUGUCUCGUGGAUCGACAACUCGCCUUCGGCGCGCGCGCGGCAGGACGCCGCCCAAAAAAUGGACCGCCAGAAAGUUGACGACGAGCAGCGGUCGCGCAAGCUGCUGGAGGAGCAGAUCAAGCGUGCCAAGAAGGACGAUACUGAGGAUGUGAUUGCUGAGCGCAAGGACGAAGGGAUCAAGCGCACGGACGAGGCGCCCGUGAAAAUUGCCUUGGUGAACAAGCCUCGAGACGAGCCCGCCUCCGAGAGCGCUGCGCCGGCCGCUCCCUCGGCACCGUCCCCUGCUCCCUCCUCCACUACACCACCCCCAUCGAAGCCGCCGGGCCCUGCGCCCGGCGUCUUUUCGAUGCGCCUAAAUCCACUCAAAGCCGCGAGUCAAGCCGCACGGCCCAAUCCCCUCGCGGACAAGUCUGCCCCCCCCAAGAAGCGCCCCCCCCCGACGCACCUCGGUGCAGCGGAGCGCAUUAUCAUGGAAGAGCAGAGCCGCAAGCAAGGAUUUAAACGCAAGGACGAGCCUUCUCGCCCCGCAGGUCCGGUGCCCGAGCCGGGCGCGAAGCGGAGCCGAUUUUAG